AUGGCUGGCAGUUCCGCACCUCCCUCCGCCACAUCGUCUCGCAACAAUUCAACUUUCUCUCCUGAUUUCCCUUCCCGAAUUCCCCUUACUUCCGAUCAGAUCAAACACUGCACCCAAGCACUCUCUAUGUUGAAGAACAAACUCCUCAACCCUAACACCAUCUCCCAAGAGUUCAUUCACUUGCAGUCGAAUAGGAUAACGCUGAGUGAGACGACGAGAAGAUGCAACGUUGCUCUUAAUUCUGCUAAUCUCAGCAAAAAUCGAUACAGAGAUGUUAUACCAUUUGACAAGAACAGGGUUGUUCUUAAUUCCAGUUCAGAUUAUAGGCCUGAAGCACUGGGGUAUAUCAAUGCAAGCUUUAUCUCGACCUCUUCCCCUGGAACUGUGUCCGAGUUUAUAGCCACACAAGGUCCACUGCCACACACUUUUGAGGAUUUUUGGGAAAUGAUGAUACAAUAUCACUGCCCUGCAAUUGUGAUGCUUACUGGGUUGGUCGACAAUUACAAGACGGUGAAGUGUGGAGAUUAUUUUCAAUCUGAAGAUAGACCUAGAGAAUUCGGGAAUAUCUCUCUUACAUGUAAAUGGACGAAAACUACUAAAACUUCACUUGUGCUGCGACAUUUGGAAGUGAACCGAAAAGAGGUAGAAGAUACACCGUUAUCCGUUUUUCAUAUUCAGUAUCCUGAGUGGCCCGACCAUGGAGUGCCGAACAAUACUUUGGCUGCGCGUGAAAUUUUGAAAAGAUUAUACCAUUUGCCACCAAAUCUAGGCCCAAUAGUGGUGCACUGCAGUGCAGGUAUUGGUAGAACUGGAACAUACUGCACAAUUCAUAACACAAUUCAGAGGAUACUUGCUGGUGAUAUGUCUGCUAUAGACAUUGCCAAUACAGUAUCUGUGUUCAGAUCUCAGCGUAUUGGAAUGGUUCAGACACAGGAUCAGUACAUUUUUUGCUAUGAAGCUAUCAUAGAUGAACUAGAAGACCUUGUAUCUCAACAGUAA